AAACUUAAGCAUUCAAGCGCCACCUUGUCUCGCGGACGGAUGUGCAGCAGGAGAUUUAAAGGAGCGAGAUCUGGGAGUUUGACCGGGGACCGUCGCCUGUGCCCAUGAGAAAAGAGCACGACAGCAGGUUUAUCAAGAUGACUCUAAUUCCAAAACUAGCAGUUCUCUGUACAGUCAUGUUGUUUAAAGUAUUUCUAUCAGAAUCAUUAUUGGAGCUUCAGGUGGAUAAUGAGACCACUGUGAAGAUUAGUGCUGCUGGAGAAUUGAUGCAGUGUUCUGCCUCUGUUGAUGUGCUGCUCCUGCUUGAUGGGUCCUACAGUAUUGGGAAAGGAUCAUUUGAGCGAUCCAAGCACUUUGCUGUCAAGCUGUGUGAAGCACUGGAUAUUAGUCCUGAAAGGGUACGAGUUGGAAUAAUUCAGUACAGCUCUUCACCAAGACUUGAGUUUAGCUUGGAUUCCAGUCCAACCAAAGAGGAAGUGAAGGAACGGAUAAAGAAAGUUGCAUUUAUGGGUGGGAGCACCCAGACAGGUCUGGCUUUGAAGUAUGUUAUGCGUAAGGGAUUCCCAGGUGGAAGAAACUCCACAGUUCCUAAGAUUCUUAUUAUUUUUAGUGAUGGCAAAUCUCAAGGACCAGUCCAGAUACCAGCUGAUCAUCUAAAAGAGAAGAGAAUUACAAUAUUUGCAGUUGGAAUAAAGUAUCCAAGAUGGGAGGAGCUUCACACACUUGCCAGUAAACCUUCAGACCAACAUGUUUUGUUUGCUGAACGUUUUGAUGAUGCUGUGAAUGGUCUUUACACCACUCUCACCUCUUCUACAGUCUGUUCGGCAAUACCCCCUGGGUGCAAAAUUGAGUCCAGGCCCUGUGAGCGUAAAACUUUGGAGACAGUGAAAGAGUUUAAGGGGAACUUCAUGUGCUGGAAAGGAUCCCAAGGCAAAACAUCUCCAUAUACAUCAUUAUGCCCAUAUUACAGUUGGAACAGAGUUUACAGAAAACACCAGAGCACCUGUUACAGAACAAUAUGUCCAGAUCCUUGUGACUCUCAGCCCUGUCAUAAUGGAGGCACUUGUAUUCCAGAAGGAUUAGAAAAGUAUCGUUGUGUCUGCCCAGUGGGAUUUGGUGGCGACAGCAACUGUGUACUGAAGAUGAGCCUUGCCUGCAGUGUUGAUAUACUGUUCCUGGUAGAAAGUUCAUCUUCUGUCACUCUGGAGGGAUUUCUUCGUUUCAAAUCCUUCUUAAAACGUUUCAUUCAAUCUGCCUUGUCUUCAGAUUCUCCAGUUAAUGUGGGUUUAGCUCAAUACAGCGAGAGUGUCCAAAUAGAAAUGAAAAUCGGAGAAUACAGAAACAUUUCUGAACUUCUGCAAGUUGCAGACAGCAUGUCAUUUAUUGGAGGUGGAACCAAAACUGGUAAAGCUCUUCGUUAUGUGACUCAGUUUGGUUUCAAGAGCAAUCCAGUUUUUGCAGAUGUUCAGGAUGAUUUACCAAGGGUGGUAGUCCUUUUGACAGAUUCCAAAUCUCAGGAUUCUGUAUCUGAUGCUGCUAAGUAUGCUCGGGAUCGGGAGUACUUUCUUAUUGCUUUGGGCGGCACCUUCCUUAAAGCUGAUCUGAAUGAAAUAACUGGAAAUCCUCAGAGAACAAUUACUUAUUCAAAUCCCCAAGAUCUCUUCAACAAACUUCCAGAACUGGGAAGCAAAAUCUGCAGUGUUGAUAGCCAAGGGUGUCUUGGCCAGCCUCUGGAUCUUGUGUUUGGACUGGAUGCAUCUGCUGGUGUGGGAAAAGAUAAUUUUGUUCGACUGAGGGACUUUGUUAAAAGCACAUCUGUUCAGUUUGACAUAAACCGUGAUGUCACUCAGAUUGGACUUGUUACAUACAGUAGCCAUCCACAUACUGUCUUUGCCCUAGACACCUAUGAGUCAGGUUCUAGUGUUUUGCAAGCCAUUAGUCAAGUGACAUACAUAGGUGGCAGUGUAUCUACUGGAAGUGCUCUUCUUCACAUUCAUGAUGAUGUGAUGACAGUGCAGAAGGGGGCUAGGCCUGGAGUUAACAAAGUUGUAGUAGUAAUAACAGAUGGGGCAGGGGGUGAGGAUGCAGUAGUACCAGCGCAGAAAAUUCGGAAUAAUGGAAUUGGACUAAUUGUGAUUGGAAUUGGAGAUGCCCAGAAAGACACUCUGGUUAAGAUUGCUGGCUCUGAGAAGUACUUGAUUCCAGUACCAUCUUAUGAAGAUCUUAAGUAUUAUGAAGACCUCAUUGUUCAAAAAGUUUGUGAAGAAGCAAAACGGCCAAUAAAUCUGUGCAGACCCAAUCCAUGUAUGAAUGAUGGCAUCUGCAUUUUGCUGAGGGGGAGCUACCGCUGUGAGUGUCAAGGCUGGGAUGGGCCGCACUGCGAGUAUAGAAACACUAGAACUACUGGCCGUGGAGAUUUGCCAAGGCCAGCUGGCUUGUUAACAAAUCGUAGACGCCAGAGGAAACACAGUGGCCUUCAUCAUCUGAAGAAAGUGCGACUCAGAAAAAGAAAUGGAAGUGUAAAGUACUAAAACCUAACUGUUUAAUAGGCGAACAAAUUAACUGGUACUUACCUUAUUAGUAUUGGAGGACACAAUCCUCAUGGUGCCUGAGCUUCUUGGUGAUGGAACUUAUUUUAUGGAUUAUUUUAAUAAUUUAAUGGAAGCAAAUAUGAUUUGGGCUAAUGUGUUUUUGAACAUACAUAUUGUCAAAGCUUCUAUCUGCACUUAACACAUUUGUUUAUAUGUGGAGAUAAUAAGUAUUAAAUAUUAUAUAUAUAUUCAGCCAUUAAUGCAAUGGACUAUACUGUUGAGGAUACUCUUUACUUUUCAUUCUUCUUAUUUAAUCUUCCCCUGUUGAGAAAAAAAACCUACUCAGUAUUUAAGGCGCCAACAUUUCUUUUAAUUCUAAUCACACUAUGUAAAUAUUGGGAUUCUUUGAAAUGGUGGGAUAUUUUUUUACUUAGCUGCUUUUCAGUGUAACCAUGUUAAAAUUGUAAUACAUAAAAUAAAUGUGUGUUUUACUGUAGUUUUUGGAGGUAAUAAUUGAAUUCUGAAAAAGAGAGAGAUUCCAUUGGAUAAAAUAUUCUGUGAGGUUAUUGACAAGGAAUCAUUUGGGGUUGAUGCCUCCACUCUCUAUCAUGUCGUUCUUGGCAAAGUUGGAACUUGAAUUUACUAUUUCAGACUUCUGGCCUCCAGAACUAAAAGGGAAAUCCCCCCUUGAGCAGAGGCUGAUAUAUGACUAAUUAGCGUGUGACAGAGCUCUCUCUUGGCCACUCCUGUGUGUGCUGCUGACCACAGAGAUGUAACAUGUAAGAGCAAACAAAUUCUUAUUUAAUAAAUCAUUUUGUUUUUAUUCAUUUGCUGUUAAAUUUCAUAUCCCAAGUUAUUGUUUGUAAUAAAUGUAUUUCCUGUUUUCAAGGAUUUUUUAAUGCAAUUACAUUUUAAGCUUUGUUGUAGACAAGAUAUUCUGUAUAUCAAGCAUGUGUUGAUCCUGGUGUACCUAGUUUGUCACUGAGAAUGCAAUAUUUUAAAAUAUAUUAGUUUUGUUACUCUGA